CGGCCCCGGAUGGAGGAGCGGGAGGAGGUCCCAGCGCCCGCUCCCGCACCCGCCGCCAUUUAGACAGUCCCGCAGCGUCCGCCACCCGCCGCCACCGCCGGGGCUGGCUGCGCUGGGUGCCGGGCCGUUGCCGCCGCCAUCAUGAGGCGCCUGUCGCAGCUGCUCCUGCUCGCCUUGCUCGUCUUCCCCGCCGCGCUGCUGCUCGGGGGCGCCCGCGGCGGCCCAGGUUCGGGUUUAUUAGUUGCAGCUCAAGAUGCUACAGAAGAUGAGGAAGCUGUGGAAGAUACUGUAGUUGAAGAUGAAGAUGAUGAAGCUGAAGUUGAAGAAGAUGAGCCAACAGACUUGACAGAAGAAAAAGAGGAAGAAGACUUGUCAGGAGAGCCUAAAGCCUCACCCAGUGCUGAUACAACCAUCUUAUUUGUGAAAGGUGAAGACUUUCCAGCGAACAACAUCGUAAAAUUUCUGGUGGGCUUCACCAACAAGGGUACAGAGGAUUUCAUUGUCGAGUCUCUUGAUGCUUCCUUCCGGUAUCCCCAAGACUACCAGUUUUAUAUCCAGAACUUCACAGCUCUCUCUCUGAACACAGUAGUUCCACCACAGAGACAAGCCACAUUUGAGUACUCUUUCAUCCCUGCUGAGCCUAUGGGUGGUCGUCCUUUCGGUCUAGUUAUCAAUCUCAACUACAGAGAUGUAAAUGGCAACAUAUUUCAAGAUGCUGUCUUCAAUCAAACUGUUACAAUUAUUGAAAAAGAAGAUGGGCUGGAUGGAGAAACGAUCUUCAUGUACAUGUUCCUCGCUGGACUUGGUCUACUUGUCAUUGUUGGCCUACAUCAGUUACUAGAAUCUAGGAAGAGGAAAAGACCGGUACAGAAAGUAGAGAUGGGAACAUCAAAUCAAAAUGAUGUUGAUAUGAGCUGGAUUCCCCAAGAAACUUUAAAUCAAAUAAUGCAGAGUAGAAGAGAUAAAGCUUCACCAAGGAGGUUGCCCUCCAAGAGGGCACAGAAGAGACCAGUGGGCUCUGAUGAGUCCCCACACCACUUGGAUGCAAGCUUCCCAUCAGUCUCACGAGAGGAGAGGAGACACAGAAAGAGCCAUCGCAGCAGGACUUAGGAAGAUGGGGAUGCUUCAGCUUCACUGCAAUUCCCUGACCUCCAGAGCUGGAUACACAACUCAGAUGAUUCUUUGGCUCACUGUCCUGUGAAAUGCAUUUUAUUUAUAGGAAGGCAUAUAAAAUGCAACUAAGGCAGCUCUGACAAGCUAAAACAAAGGAUUUCUCUCUUUGUGACACAUGAACGUGGCUUUUGAAUACAUCCCAAAAAGUUCACAACCAUAAACAUUUAUGCAAGAAGAAAACUACAGUGGCAGAAACCAACUUAAUUUACACAGAAAACAACUGAUACAGUGUUAAUCGCCACAGCUGGAAGGACGCUCCCUUAUGUGACCGUGGGGCUACAAUUAAUAGAAGAAAAUAAAGAGAACCCUGACCCAAUGCCUAUGCAGGAAAAUCAGCACCAAAGUACCUUCCUGUUGUCUUCGGCUGCUGCGCUGAGGAACUACACCAGGAGAAAAGCAGCAUCUCGAAGGGGCUUGACUACCAGAAAACGGUGGUCUAAAGGAACACGCCUUUUCAGAGUGCUGCAAUCAUCUGCAACUCAAACUCAGACCAACUGAAGGAAGAGAAAUACUGAUGGUACUGGCACAGAUAAGAUCUGGCUUGUACAUCAUCCUCCAGCAGAACUAAGUCUGAGAGCAAGUUACAACAAACGCACAAGAAGAGCCACGUCCAUUUCAUAACCUAUAAUUUUUAAAUAUAACAUUUUAUUGCUUAGAUGGUUUGAUACAGAACAAGUUUUACUUUUUAUUUUGAAUUUGGAAGUACUGUACAACUGAAUAAAAAGAGGAAUAAAAGUACCAAAA